UAUCAAGUAAAAUAAAAAUUUAUUUACAAUAAGAAUUGUUCAUAUCAAUUUUUUUGUCACAGACAGCUGCACAGACAGCACACAUACAACCACAGACAGCCACAGACAGCUACACAGACAUCCAUGGAUGUCUGUGUAUGGAUGUCUGUGGUUGUAUGUGUGCUGUCUGUGCAGCUGUCUGUGGCUGUUUGUGGGUGUCUGUGGGUGUCUUCAUGUUUUACUAUUACCCGAUAAAAUUCAACAUUAACUAAUUAUAAAUUUUAUGAAAUAAUAUAUUUUUAACAAUAAUUUUUACACUUUUAGUAGUUCAUCAAUUCACUCAAAUAGUCCGUUAAUUGACAAACCUCGACGUGCACCAGCAGAAUGUUUAGUCGUCAGUAUACCAACAAAGGUUAUUAGCAAAUGGGAAUGUGGAGAAGGUGAAAUUUAUGCUAUUCAAUUUCAUCCAAGUGGUACACUUUUAGCAACAGGUGGUUCAGAUAGAAAAAUUCAUUUAUGGGAAUCACCAAAUAAUGGACAAGUGCAACAAAUGUGUGUAUUAACUGGAAGUAAUGCAACUAUAACUGCAAUUGAUUUUGAUACAGAUGGAGCUAAUUUAGUAUUAGGUUGUUCAGAAGAUUUUGCUUGUCGUGUAUGGGGUGUACAAGAUCAACGAUUACGACAUACAUUAACUGGUCAUGGUGCAAAAGUAUUUUGUGCAAAAUUUUUGACUAGUUCAAAAAUUGCCUCUGGUAGUCAAGAUCGAACGAUUAAACUAUGGGAUCUACAAAAUCGACAAUGUAUUCGUACAUUAUUUGCCGGUUCAAAAUGUCACGAUCUAGUUGCAUUAGAUUCAGCUGGUACAUUGAUUAGUGGACACUUUGAUAAAAAAAUACGUUUUUGGGAUUCAAGAAAUGACAGUGUUCGAUCUGAAUUACUACUACAAGCAUCAGUUACAUCAUUAUAUAUUAACAGAGAUAAACAACUUCUUUUGGCUUGUUCUCGUGAUGACACGUUAAAAUUAAUUGAAUUAAAAGAAAAUCGUGUCUUGCAAACAUUUAGUCAUGAUGACUUUAAAGUUGGUAGUGAUUCGAUUAGAGCCGUUUUAUCUCCGGAUUGUACAUAUGUUUGUGCCGGAUCUCAAGAUGGUAGUUUAAUUAUUUGGAAUACGACCAAUGGAAAAGUUGAAAAAGUUCUAAAAGAUCAUUCUGAUAUCGAAUCCUUUCCAAAAGAAAAUAAAGUUUCUACUUAUGGUACCGAGCAUUUUCAAGCCGGGAAAACUAUUACAUAUCGUUGUACGGAAUAUGGAAAAUAUUCUCUUUGUCAUUUUCAAUUAAAAUCAAAAGAAUUCAAUAAUAAAUUUACAGUAUUUAAAUCUGAAUCUCAUAAUCAUGAUCAACGUAAUGAUACAACUCGUCUCAAAUCCGCUAAAGUUCCACAGCCACUUGGAAUAAGAAGAGGAAAAAGUCAUCAAAAACAGAAGAAAAAAAGAAAAUUAAAUUAG